CUUCUUUAGAAAGUGUGUACUUCUCUUCCUAGGAAGAUGCACCUACCCAAACUGGACCAUUUUCACAAUCACAAAAUCUCUAGUUUCGAGAACGACUUAACAAUUAAAUUUACUGGUAUUUUAUAAUUCCUAACUCCUUUUUUUGUUUCAAUGUAUUAUUAUUAGCUUCAAGACAAAUCACCUACAGCUAAAUCCUUCUUUUGUUGAAUUCGUUUAGGAAGCUAGUCAACAGUAAGAACGGGAAAACACAUGUCUGUUCACUUUCUUGGUACUUUGUAAUCUUUAUUUUUGGACUCUUUUUUUAUUAUAAUAACUAAUUGUUACAACAUUUAAUCUCAUCUGGUAGUAGGGAUUCUCUUUUUCUCUUCUCAAGGAAACUAACUUCCCCAUAUGCCCUUCAUAGCUUGUACUUGGUCGGACGGAGACCCUCGAACCUUGCCUAGUAAUUCCAGUAGGACCCGUUAUACUCCCUCGAUUAGGCCUCUCGCUCAUGAUCAUCCAAGACAUCUUGCAUUCCGAAAAACAUGUGGAAACUUCCUAGCUCAACAUAUUUUCGGAGGUUCUGGCUCAACCCAGAAAGUACUUCAUGAUCUUCACCAACAAUCGACUCGUGCUCCUAAACUACUUCCCAGCACACUGCCCAAUACUUCGUUUACUGUUAUUAACCCUAUAUCUACUUCAUCUCAACUAAAUACGAAACCAAUGGUUUCUUCUCAUCGGUCAAGGCCGCCUUCCAGAACAGUGUCGACUGAUGAGCCCAAGGAAAAUGCUCCCUCCAGAUACACUUCCCGCUUAAUGACGAUCGAAAGUUUUGAGAAUUAUGUAUUGGAGGCCUUGCCAAAACAUUAUGAAAUAUAUCUACGUGAUGGUUCUGGAUCUAAGCGUGGUGAGUAUUGGGUGUAUGGACAUCCUGGUGGUCGCCCUUUUCGAUCCGUAAGCGACUUCCAGUAUCACCUCUACUGGUUAGUUUCUGAUUUAUCAAGGAAUGCAACGAAUUGUUGUUGCUCACUAUGUGCCAAUGGUUCGAUCAAACUACGAAGAAAUAUUCAAAAGGAAUUGGAAAGGAAUUUUCAUGAGUGUAAAGAUGAUACAUUUACUUGGCCAUCUUCAUUUAGACUCGGGGAAGUGGUAUGGAUUGAUAUAAAUUUUGAAAUUAUUCCUGCAAUUAUUGUCGCUAGGAAUUUGAUUAAUCAUAAUAAUAAUAAUAACAAUGAUUCUUCAAAUCCGCUUUUGGAUGCCUACAUCGAGCCGUAUCAGUAUCACUGCAAGGAACUAGGAAAUUCGAGAUUUUUCUUCGACAUGGCUGCUGCCGAUAUUGAACCAUGGGUACAAAGAUCCGCAGAUUUGAGUCACCCAGGCCACAGACUUGCUAAUGACAUCGCUCACACUUGGUGUCUUUAUGGAAAAUUUCAACCUAUAGAAAGCAACAAUGUUGAACAUCUUGUCUUUAAAGAUGAAAAUCAUUCUAUUCCAAUGACCGUCCUUCCUAUAAUCGAAGAUGGACAGGAGAAUUUAAACGAUCACUUUCUGGGUGUUUUCUAUGGAGCUGAAAAAUUGUGGGUUAAUGACCUUUGCAUUUUGCAUAACGCUUCUCUUCCCUCUCAAUUUACAGGUACCUGUUUUAUGUCUAUCUCCGACAUUUUUGUAAAUAUUGAUGAUACCGUCUGUAUUCAAGGAUCAUUCUGGAAACAGAAAGAUGCCACAGCCCAAACAUUUCAUCAAUUUCGUGAUCGUAAUAAGUUGUCUCGUCGCAUACAGAUGGCAGAAGACAUAACACGAACUGAAUAUACCCUUAUGCAUAGUGAUUCUUCAGAAUUUGUAUGCCAGCUUGCAGAUAUAGCAGGCAGGUGGUAUGAACCUUGGUCAUUAAAAGGAAAAUAUCAUUUUUCAACAGAUCAGAAAAGACGGGUGUCAUCGAGACUGGAUGCAGUGGGAAAUGAGAAUUGGGUUGAUGAUGAUUUUUACGAGCUUUUACUUUCAGAAAUUGAUCUAGUUUCACCUGUUGUUAUGUGAGUUUUUUUUUCCGCUGUAUAUUUCCUUUUUCUCGUCCUUUCUUUACCCUGUUUAUACAAGAUACACCACACCGUAUAUGUUUACUUUUUGGAAGUCAUUUUCUUUUCGUUUUUUGUUUUUUUAGGGAUGGUCUAAAUAAAGACAUAUGAAGGUUUUAUAUAGAUUUGUAUCAAAAGUGUAUAUCUUUUACUAUCGUUCAAAAUAAAGAUUAUGGGGAAUAAAUGACGACUGGUUUUAGGUAAGCAUGUCCGAGUCAAGAGAGUCAGAUUUAAAGUACUGAAACAACAUUAAAUUCUUCUUUCAUUUCUUCCACGGGGGCCACCGAACUUAAUGGCAGAUUUGUCCAUGAUUUUGACAAUUUUAUCUCGAAUUAUUGAACCUUCCUGGCCUAGUAAACAAUUCUGAACAGCCUCACGAGCUUGACUAAAUCCUCGAAAAACAACAUAUAAGUUCUCAAUACUUAGAUUUUUCAGACGAAUUUGCUCGAGGACCCUUGAGGUUACAGUAUAAGCAGUAUCAUAUCCGCGUCUCUUUCCUUUUCGAAAUCCGCACGAUCCAGCAGAUGCUUUGAAGAUAAUUUUUUUAUCGGGGUUGCACAGGGUGACAUGAGUGUUAUUCUUUAAACAUUUGGCAUGCAAAUAGUAAGGUCUAGGAAGAAAUUCGGAACCUGCCACAUAUGCAGGUUCCUUGUUCUUCAGCACAGGUUUUUCUGGAUUAGAUAAAACUGACUUCUGUAAUACCUCAGUUAAAUUGAUUUUACCGUCGUUCCUGAGAUGAGAAUGGGUACCAAAACGACGCAGCCCAAGGCGCGUCAAUCCCAACAUUUUUCACUAGAUAUAUAUUUAUAAACCUUUACAGCUCAAUAAUUGAUGUGUUAAUUCUCUGGCUGUACCAAAUUUAUAAAUUUUCCUUUGUUUCACAGUUUUGUGUUUUCUUACUAAAUUCAAA